CCUUGGUAACUCUUUUUAGUUCAAGGAUGGAUUAUUUUGUGCCGUCGUCUGAAGAUCAUGUUUCUAACUCUUGUCUCUUCUUUUCUUUGCAGUUUGAAACCAUCAAAUUACAGCUCUCAGGGAGUUGGUGGCUGGUCCAGCCUGAGAAGAACCAUGGACGCCAGCCCGGAGAAACUGCGGAAAGACCUGGAGGAGGAGCUGAAGCUGGACAGUAACGACAUCCGCAGCCACGCCUGGUUCCACGGGAUGAUACCGCGCACCGUCGCCGAGAACUUCGUCACGCAGAGCGGGGACUUCCUGAUCCGCGACUGCAUCUCACAGCCGGGCGACUUCGUUCUGACGUGCCGCUCCAAGGGACAGGCUCUUCACUUCAUCAUCAACAAGGUGGUGCUGCACCCGAACACCACGUACUCGAGGAUUCAGUACCAGUUUGAGAAGGAGAGCUUUGACUCCAUUCCCUCCCUAGUCAGGUUCUAUGUUGGCAACAGGAAGCCGAUCUCAGAAGGCACGGGGGCAAUCAUCUACCACCCCAUCAACAGGACCUUGCCAUUGAGCUACACAGACGCAAAGUAUGGCUCGACAACACAACCAGAACGGCAGUCCCCGGCCCCAGCUAUACUGCGUUCUGCCUCCACACCAAGUCCAAAGGGAAGCUCGCACUCUACACCUACAGGGAGUCCUCACGCUAGUCGUAAAAUCAUCCACGGCAGAUCAGGCAGCCAACCAGUGACUCUGUCUCCCGAACAACUGCUAUCUGUCAGCGGGAGGAUGACAAAAAAUCCCUCGGAGAGCAACCUUCCUUCAGCAAGGGACGUGGAGGCUAUAUCGUUGAUCAAGCAGAAGCAAAACGCUCAUUCAGGAAGUGCUCAGGACAUUCGCAUCGAGAAGCGCAACCUUCAGAGGUGUGGCAGCGAUCCAACGCUUCUCAGCCCCGGCGUGGAGCGGAGAAAGUUCUUCCACGGGUCAAACGAAGCGGUCGGAUCAAAACCACCCCCCAAACCCAGCAGGACACCAUCAGUUAGAAAACAGCAGAGACCAAAAGUGGAAGUGAGGAAUAAAGAGAAGGAACUGUCACCGGAGGAGGAAAUUUACGUAGCCCAGCACGACUACUCUGAACUUGACCCCGCUCCUCCAGUGUCAUGGCAACCGUUGGCCAAAGGUGAAGUUCGUCUGGUCAAGUUGAACGAUAUUCCUGACUAUGCCAGGUUGAACACUCCAAAAAGGAGCAAAGACAGCAUGGAGGCACGAAAGAGACGGAUAAUGUCUGACACAAGAUUCUCGGUCCUGUCUACAGCGUCUUUGGACAGUCUUGGAGACGAGCUGGAUCCUGACGAAGAUUCCUUUGAGGAAGUUGUUCCUUCUAUAGUUAUCGAGACUGAGUCUUCCUUCAACCCUACAGAAUUCACGACGUGUUUGUUACCGUCUGAGAACAAGCCAUUGGACAACUCUGCAGUGGUGCAGAUCAGGUCCAUGCUGCUAGAUGGCAGCGCUAAGACAAUUGCACAGCACAUGACCAGAGUUGACUGUGAAGUUGCCAGAAUAGUGGAUGUGUCUGAUGAGCAGGCAGGACAGAUGGGCGUGUCGUCAGGCCUGGAGCUGAUCACCCUCCCGCACGGGGAGGUACUCAGGACGGACCUCAUAGAGAGACACACGUGUAUCUACAUGUGGGUGUCGGUGACGGUCCUGACGUGUACUGGCGGGGAUAAGGAGCGCGCCGGGAUUCUGCACAAGUUCAUCGAGGUCGCCGCCGAGCUGAAGGGAACCAUGGGAAAUCUGUUUGGCUUCUCUGCCAUCAUGAAGGCUCUGGAGUCCCCACAUAUCUCUCGCCUGUACGGCACGUGGUCGGCCCUGAGACAACACUUCACCACCAGCGCCGUGAAGUUCGACUCCAAGCUGCGGCCGGCCCUGAAGGCGCUGAACACCGGCACCAGCACCAUCCCGCUCAGCAACACCUGCUUCCCCCACGUCCUGCCGUUCCUACAGCUCAUGGGGCACGACGUCACCGGCUUCGAGCGCGCGUACGCCUGGGACAGCUCCGACGACUACGGGCUGGACACGGUCCUGGCGCACGUGGACGGGAUGCGGAGCGUGGCGCAGCAGCCGGGUUUAUACCGCAUCACGGCAGAGUCACGACUCCAGGGGCUGAAGGUGGACGACACGCUGCUCGACGUGUUUAGAACGGAACUCCACAUGAAGCUGCUGUGGGGCAGCAAGGGAGCACUGGCUAAUCAGAAGGACCGUUACAUGAAGUUUGAGAAGGUUCUGAAGGUGAUUUCAGAUCGAGUAGAACCUCCAGAAACUGAGAUGUAGUAUAGGAGUCACGAACACAGUUAGAACAGCUUUACUGAUAAUGUGUGAUAUCUCAAACUCUUCAAAUUCUAUCAUUGUGUUACCACAGUAUGUAAAAAGUAACUGCAAGUGUUACAUGUGUGUAAAGAAGUAACUGCAACCGUUACAUGCAUUAUGAUUGCAAACUCUGGACCUAAAAUGUUGCAUGUAAAGGUGUUCUUGCCUAAUGUAACCAAGGUGGUUAAGGCCUUUUUUAACCUUCUUGCUCCAACACCUGGUAUUACGAUGUAUGUGUAUUGGUCUUCUGCUGUCUGGUACUUGCGUAUAACUUUUGGACAAUUCUUGGACAAGUCUACACAACUUGAAAACUCUAGGGUAAAGUAGAGAUCUGUUGUCAAACUGUUGUAUUUCAUAAGAAGUUGGUAGCAAAUACCAUUUUAGCAAAUUAAGACAUAAGGCUUAGCCGGUGUAUAAUGUAGCAGCUUUCAUGCAAACAGUAUGCAGUGAAAUAUUUCAUACAAUAUGGCUGUAUUGUACAUAAAAAGUGUUGAUAGCAAAAAACCUGUUAUACCUGUUUCUAGUAGUGAGUGGAUACAAACUAUGGUCUUGUUCUGAAAUAACUUUUAAAACAAGUUCGAAUUCGACACUGGAAAGUCUUUUCUUGUGACAUUCUGGUUUGAGAUGAUGAAAAAACAAGUUGUAAAUGGCUUUUAGAGUUGUCAAGAAAAUUAGGGACAAGAAUCAAGUUUGGUAUGCCAAAAGUUGUGAAGUUUGUUUCUUGAAGACACAUAAAUACUUGACUCUCCAAACUCUACAAAAUUAAGAAUGUGAAACACAGUAAUUACUGUGGAUGAGGCAGGAAAAUCUCAAUUAGCUUUAACACGUUUGUCAACCCUCAAUAGAAGGGUUUCAGUUCGAAGAAUCAAGGGAUUCUAUCUUGUGUGCUGGCUAUGGUGAUUCAGGUGUUGUUUUUGUGUAGUGUUUUCCAUAUGCUUCUGUGUGUACAUAAUUAUAGUGGUGUUUAACUUGUGCCAAAGAUGCCUCUGCAACCAUGCUUAACUUCCAUUAUGCUAGUUUUUAUGCCAAUUUUACAUUGCAACAUGUUGGUCGCUUUGUAUGCAUUAAUUCAUUGUUGUACAUUAUCAAUCUUAAUUUGUGUAAGAUUAUAUGUAUCUUACAUGUAUGUGCAAUUUUAUGUAAAUAAUGUUUAUGUAAUUUCCCAUGAUAUGUCAGAAAUAAAAUGAAUGCUACCAUACAAUCUGGAUCUGAUUUUUUGGUCAAGUCUUGUAAAGGAUGGCUGAAAAUAGC